AUGAUGGUUGACGAAGGAAAAGACGAGGUGACGAGAAAUGUUGAUAACCAAAAUACCUCCACUAACACUCAAUGUUGCAACGUGGCGAGUGAAUCGCCACGAAAUCCAUCGUUAGAGGAGAGACUUGCCAGCAAGAUGUUGUCGUACUCACGUGAAACAGUUUGUUUAUUCAUAGGAAUUUUCACAUUUGGUCUUGCAUUCGCUGCACUUCACAAUGCAGCCCCCAGGAUAUCGAAGCCGCCACCGGCUCGACCAUUUUUCAAUGAAACCUCGGUGAUAAUUGAUUUUUAUAAGGGGCAAGUCAGUGCUAUGGUUGAACGAGUUUCGAGUUCUGAUGUGAGCUUUAUAAUGUAUUAUGCACCUUGGGAUGCUGAGUCUCAGAUCGUGAGAGAGGAGUUCGAGAUUGUGGCCCAACAGUAUCAUUCAAAGGUAUUUUUCUCGGCCAUAAAUUGCUGGCACCCAGGCUCAGAAUGUCGUGCACAGUACCCAAAGAUCCAGAGCUACCCAGUCCUGAUUCUUUACCCUCUUCGAGGUACUGGUGUCCAAUACCGGGGUAUAUCGACCGCCCCCUAUAUGAUGCGUUUCCUGGACAACUACCUGCACCCCCUAACCCGAAUAUCAAGCCAAGAGGAGUUGACUCCUCUCCUGAUCGCCAACGAAAUAGUCCUCGUAGGAUUUUUUAACUUCACCGGGCUACCCUCCAGCCCGGGCUACCAAGAUUUCUACAAACUAUCAGUCCGAUCCCUAGAGGGUGAUCCCAACCGAGAUAUAAAAUUUGCAUUAGUGACAUCCCCUCAGAUCGCUGAAGGCUUCAGUAUUUCCUCUUUUCCAUCAGCAAGUCUGCACCUAUGGAACGAAUCACUUAUCUAUCCCUCCGACAAAAUUUGGAGCUCCGAAAAUCUCCAACGCUGGUUGGAACAGUCUAUCCACCGAGUUUCCCUCUGGCUGCAGCCCCCAGGUAUAAAAUCACUGACCUUAGCCCCCUACCUCAAUACUGGCCCUGUCCUUUUCCUCUUCACUCCCAGAAAUCCCCUCCAUCCCGUCAACUACAACUACAGGCUCCUCCAGGAGAUAGCCCUCGAGUACCACAACUGUGAUUAUCUCUGGUGGACCACCACCCUCAUCCAGUAUCUUCAAAGGGAGAGGCACCAAUCUCAACACACACAUCGAGAAUCGAUAGCAAGAUGCUCGGAACUGCUGUCGAAAUCUGACGAGAACAGUAUUCCCCUCAGCAUUUCCCUCCAGCAGUGGGUCAACGAUAACUGUUGUGGGAAGAUCUUCAUGAAUAAAUGUCUCUUAUGUAGAAAGAGGGGCCCUGAAAACGUCUGCAACACUCUCCCAAGACAGCAGAAUGAAAUUUGUAAUCACCAAGACGUUUUCAAGAUUAUGAACGAAAAAGAUUUCGAUAAGCCCUCCUGCUGUGACGGCGAUCCUUGGAGCUUUGACGCGUCCUCAAAAUCGUCAGGUGUAUCGACCAGUAACAGGAGGCAUCCUUCCUCAAUGAUCACUGGGGAAAACGAUCCACGGUCCCCGGAGAAUCUGAGGAAACAAAGUGUUAGGGAAAACUGCAAAUAUUUUAUGAUCGGCGAUAACUAUCAUCCUCCAGUGUUUCCAGUUAGUCAUCAGGAUGAUGUUGAUGUGCAAUUGAAGGCCUCUGCUUGCAACAAUAACCGAUCGUUGUCCUUCAUCGCAAUAGAUAGUCUCACUUACUUUCAUUUUGCUGAGGGAUUGGGGAUUGAUUUGUUGAGGAUGGAGAAUACUACAGCUGUUGUCAUUCUUGAUUCUCUUCAGGAGAGCCACUACCUGAUGGACGAGGACCUGGGGAGGGAGUCCCUUAUCAAGUUUAUCAAUGAGUUUAGCAAUGGAUCCUUGCAGAGGAGGCUGAGGUCCGACUCGGGGAGGAGGUUUGCCAGAGACUUUCAGUCUGUCGAUGAGUGCAAGGGAGAGAGGAAGGAUGAGGUCUGCAUUCGUGAACUCACCACCGAGAGCUUUCUGCGGACUGCCUUGGACCCUCGCAAGGAUGUGGUCGUUCUCUAUCACUCGCCUUACUGUGCAUUCUGUGGUGCUGUUAGCUAUGUUUAUCUGACGGUUGCACAGUAUCUGAGGCAAAUGAGUAAUCUUGUAUUCGUUAGAAUCGAUGGGGAUAAUAAUGACUUGCCUUGGGAGUACAGCAUGAAUCGCUAUCCGGCGAUUCUCUUCUUUCCAGCGAAAAGAAAAGAGGACAGUACGGUCUAUCCAUUCAGCUUGCCAAUAACAAUUCCAAAUCUAUUAAAUUUCGUUCUCGCUAAUUUAAACGAUGAUUCACACAUCGAAGCACUGGUGAAUGUGUGUCACACUGGAGCUGGUGAGCCACCAAAAGACUGCGUAGCUAGAAUACGAAGGCUGUGCCUCGAUAUUAUUCAUAAUCAGCUGGGAAUUUACCGGAAGCUGCGGAGACAGAGUAGAUACCUGCCGAAGAUGACGUUGUCCGACAAAAGACGAGAGAUCUUGCGACGUUUGAAACACAUUCGAGAGAUUCACCUUAUCCUCAGCACUGUCGAUGAUCUCGAGACUGACGAGAAAUUUUUCACUAUUCUCAAAAAAUUCCGUGCGUACUACAGGAAUUCAAACAAAAAUGACAAUGAAAUCUGUGAAAUUUCGAAGACUCAGGAGAAAAACGAGAUAAUUAAACCUUUGAGAGACGAGUUAUGAUCACAAUUAAUAUUCAUCUCUUCAAAGAGACUCAUUUUAUGCAGUCAGAUGAAAACAAUGUACAGUCAUACAAUUAAUACGAGUAUGAGAUAAUGGAAGUGGUAAAACGUGACAAAACAAUCAAUUACCUAUUGAAUGUAAGUAAAAAUACCAGAAGAAAUUUUUUUUAAUACUCAUAAUUAAACAAUUGAUGAAAAAAUUUUUUUAUUCUCCUUGGAAAUUAAAAUUGUUCCUCUUUGGAACAACUUUAACCUGGACUGAUUUAAUGAGCCCAAUUCCGAGUUAUAAAUAUUUGGAAAAAUGUCAAAGGGUCCAUCUCGCUCUAAUCUUGCUUAAAAUAUUGUAGGGAAUGGAAUAGUGCGUAAAUUCAACGGAAAACGCCAAUUAUGAUUUCCAAAAUUCCAAGUUCUCGUCUUACCACUUCCCCAAACUCUAAUCAUGACCAUCAUCAUCAUCGUUAUCAUUCCCUUCGUCAUCAAGAAAAUGUAAAUAUUGUUAAAAAUAAAUAUAUCUAUUAUUUUAAA